AUGGGCAGGGCAUCGGCCAGCGUGGGAUUGCCAGGCAGCGUGCAGACGUCAGUACCUGCUGUUUGGUAUUUCGCGGAGAAGAUGGGCUGGUCCAAAUCUAGCUCGCAAUGGGCCCAUGGGGCAACGGCGGAAGGGGAGGGCUCUGCAGAGGACGGGCAGACGUCUUUCGACUAUGUCGUGGAUAUUAGGACAGUUGUGAGCGAGAAGCGGGCCAAGCUGAUAAACAUCGAACGAGAAGUGAUGAAAGAAAUGCGGGCAUCGGUCGAUGCCGACGGCUGCUGCACAAGGGUCCUCGGUGCGCCCUGCCCUUGGCCCCAUCGCUCCCCUUGCCCAGCUGCCAUGUGCCGUUGGCCUGCACUGCGCUGCACCUGCUUUGAUUUGCUUUGA